CCUGCCUGCCUGCCUGCAUAUGUCAUCUUUCUACUCUGUAGAUCUACCUCUACUACCUACCUACCUACCCAAAUAGAACCACGACGAUACGUCCGGGUAACAAUGUCUGAUUCGCCUAAACCAGGUGUCAUAUUUUCUGGAGGUGCAUUUCAUUCGGCCCACUUCUUCGACGCCGUCAAGCAGAGGCUUGAGGAUGCCAAUGUAUUCGACCCGGUACUGGUGUCGGCGCAUCCGUCGCUAGGUAACAACAGCAGAGGAAAGACGCUAUGGGACGACGUUGAGGCGUUGCGGGCGCAGAUGACUCCCUACGUCGACGCCGGGACAGAAUUUAUCGUCGUGGGUCAUUCGUAUGGAGGGUUUCCGGGGUUCGCAGCCACCGAAGGCUGGACUGUCGAGCAACGCGCGGCCGCUGGUAAGAAGGGCGGCAUACGUGCCGUUGUAUUCAACGCCGGACCAGCUCCCCUGGUUCGAGGAAGCACGGCAGUCGGUGUCUUCGUGGAAGGCCAACAGCAUGAGUAUCCGUCUUUCUUCGAGCACGGUCCCCAAGGGGAAAAGGGACAUCUCAUCCACCCUGCAAGAAUUAGCAAGCAUUCAUUCUACAACGACUUCGACGACAACAAGGCAGAGGAAUUAUGGAAUACCCUUGUGCCUCACUCUCAAGAAGCCAUCGAGACUCCAACCAACUAUCUCGUAACCGAUGUCGAUUUGCCAUAUUACUACAUCCUCAACGAGCAGGAUGAAACCGUACCGCCAGAACUACAACAAACCGUCGCUAGUGCCAUUCCUGGAUGCACCGUAUUUAAAAUUGAUGCCGGGCAUACUUCCUUUCUCUCACAGCCUGCUCGUUUCGUCGAAAUACUUCAGAGUAUUAAGGAGGAUGCUUUUGCAGCGAACCGCAAAUAGAAGGACAUGUUUUGAUUUUUGACUCCCUCGUUUUGUAGUCAGACUGGAUGCGAACAGAUGAUCUAUAUUACGGUUCUCUUAAUCUGUUGGGCUCGCAUGGGUCGUUGUUUUUCUAUCUUUAAAUGUUCCUCGCCAAUGAGAGGGCC